UAACAUAUUGGUGCAUUCCCUGCAGGAUGUUGAUGGGUGGCACUGCAGAGUGAGGAGUCUGAAGAUCUGAAGAUCUCUGAAGGUGGUUGGCUUAGACAGUGCUCACACACACAUCGCCAAAAUGAAUGAGCGUCAGGCUCUCCACUCCAUAAUGAAGGACCUAGUGGCCCUCCAGAUGACGAGGCGCCAGCCUGGGCCCCCUUAUGACACGGGGAAACCCAAGACUCUGCCCAACCCUGCCCCUGCCCCUGCUAAGAGACAGGACGAUGUCAGAAUAAAGUUUGAGUUCAGUGGAGAGAGGAGGAUACUGAUGUUUGGGAGGCCUGUGCAGUUUGAAGAAAUCCAACAGAAGGUCAAGACUGUCUUUGGCCAACAGCUAGACCUGCACUAUAUGAACAAUGAGCUGUCCAUCCCUCUGCGUGGUCAGGAUGACCUGGACAAGGCCAUUGACCUGCUGGACCGCAGCUCCAAGAUUAAGAGCAUCAAGAUCUUGCUGCUGACGCAGGAGCAGUACAAUGCGUCCCCCUCUCCCUCUCCCUCUUCCCACCACACAGUGAGUAAGCAGGUGAGGAUCAAAGCCUCCCAGUCCACGGGUGAUGUCAGCACGGUGUACCAGCCCUCCGAGCCCAGGGGGCGCCACCUCUCCACCAGCUCUCAGAACACAGGCCGUAGCUCCCCCCCUCCUGGCUAUGUCCCUGAGCGGCAGCAGAGGAUCGCCCGCCAGGGCUCCUACACCAGCAUCAACAGUGAGGGAGAAUUCAUCCCAGAGAGUGACCAGUGUGUGCUGGACCCCUGGAGCAGUGCAGAGAACUCUGUCUCAGGAAGCUGCCAGUCGCUGGACAGUAGCUCAGACAGCCCCUCCAUGAGGAAGUCACGCAUGCACCGAGCCAAGAGCUACCCUGAUAACCGGCUGCAGGAGAACGUCUCUGACCGGGAGAACCAUGUGUAUGAUAAGGUGGUGGGGAAGGGAGGGACAUACCCCCGCAGGUACCAUGUCUCCCUGCAUCACAAGGACCAUAGUGAAGGUCGGAGAACGUUCCCGCGGAUCCGUCGCCCCCAGGGUAACCUGUUCACCCUGGUGCCCUCACGGCGCUCCAUCAACGGCAGCGAGGAGAGUCUGGGCAGCUGGCAGCUAGUGGACAAGCAGGGCAGGCUCCGCCCACAGGAGCGCCCUGUCGCCCACAAGUCCCCCAGUGCUCCAAUGACGUGGAGGCGGGGCAAGCUGCUGGGCCAGGGGGCGUUUGGGAGGGUUUACCUGUGUUACGAUGUGGACACGGGACGGGAGCUGGCCGCCAAGCAGGUGGUGUUUGACCCGGACAGUCCUGACACCAGCAAGGUGAGACAGCAGGGGGUAACGGAACAGUAUGCUACUACACAGAUUUUUUUCUGAUUUUAUAUCAAAGUCUACUGUUCACAACCAGGCUACUGUAAUGUAUUUAUGCCAAGAUGACUCAGACUCCCCAGCCUGAAGGAGAACUCUGUAUGACUUGAGUUCCCGUGUAUUGUUAAAGAUUGGUGCAGAGGCUUAGCCUGGAGCACCUUUAGCCUGGAGCAAUGCCAAGAAUGAGGUAAUGUGUUCAGCAAGCUACUUUACUCUUAAGAGGCGAUUAUGGAGGAAGGCAGUAUGGUGCUGUGUUUAACCUGACUGAGUUUUACUAGCUAAUUGUUGGUCAACUGUCUUAAACACAAAAGGCACUAUUCAACGAUAUGUGGUCAGGAAUCAGAUAAACUUAUGCUCUGAAUCACUAACGCAGUCAAAUCCUGACUGAGUGCUCAUCUCUGUCUCUGAGAGCAAUGAACUUUGAGGAGAUUCAAGGGACUUUCUUUCCUUUCUCUCCCCCCAUAUUUAAUGACUUUUCCUGUCUGCCACUGAGAAAACAUGCACUGUCACUUCCUGUAUCUGAGUGGAGUAUUUGCAGGGGGUGAGGAGGGGGAGAGUAGCAGAGCCAGCUUUGCCUUGGCCUCCAAUCACCCCUUAAACUCUCCUCUUCUCUCUCGCACUCUCCCUCUUGCUCCCAUUCUCUCUCUCCCAUUCUCUUGCUCCCAUUCUCUCUCUCUCCCAUUCUCUUGCUCCCAUUCUCUCUCUCCCAUUCUCUCUCUCUCCCAUUCUCUUGCUCCCAUUCUCUCUCUCCCAUUCUAUCUCUCUCCCAUUCUCUCUCUCUCCCAUUCUCUCGCUCCCAUUCUCUCUCUCCCAUUCUAUCUCUCUCCCAUUCUCUUGCUCCCAUUCUCUCUCUCCCAUUCUAUCUCUCUCCCAUUCUCUCUCUCUCCCAUUCUCUCUCUCUCCCAUU